AUGGCAAACCUCGUAGAGCUGGACUCGGUCGAGAUUCUCGUGGUCAUCGAUAAUGAACUCGACCCCAUCAGUGCCUCGCCCAAUCCAGGAGUAGUGCAAAGCGGUAAUCUCAGAGACAUUGCCUUCCGCGAAGAGCCACAGCAGCCCGAUGCAGACAGCGAACCGUAUCGAGAAGCCAAGAUGGAGAACAUUUGCUGCUCUGCACAUGGUCUCUCCCUCCUGAUUACCGGCAUCCGAGGCAGUCAGAAGCAUACCAUCUUGUUCGACACGGGGCCAGAAGAGCGAGCAUUUGAACUCAAUGCCACCCGCCUCCGUGCUGACGUGGGAUCGAUCGAGAGGAUCCAGCUCUCUCACUGGCAUCGCGAUCACUCGGGAGGUAUGCUGAGGGUAUUGAGCAUGAUCGACGAUGCUCGAAAGAAGUCUAGCAGCAGCAGCAGCUCUCCUGUUGUGGUCGACUUGCAUCCUGAUCGACCUGCUCUCAGAGGCGUGAAAGCUCCAUCUGUGGGCGUGACUAUCGCAUUGGGAAAAGAUCCGACCUUUGAAGAAAUCGAGGCUGCCGGUGGGAAAGUCGUGAAGAGCGACCGGGCUCAUGCUGUGCUAGAUGAUAUGUUUCUCAUCUCGGGAGAAAUCCCACGAGUGACUCCGUACGAGAAAGGUCUCAAGUAUGGAGUGAGGCUUCAAGACAAACAAUGGAUCGAGGACACUCUCAUGAAAGAUGAGAGACUUUUGAUGUGCAAGGUCAAAGGCAAGGGAAUCGUAGUCUUCACAGGCUGCAGCCAUGCCGGCGUGGUGAAUGCUUCCCGACACGCAUUCGAACUCGGCGCUGGCACGCCUCUCUACGCUGUCAUGGGCGGCUAUCAUCUCGCAGAUGCAGAGCCUGCUCAUAUCCAGAGUACUGCAGCGGAUUUGAAAGCAUUGGAUGUCCAAGUCUUGCUCACAGGUCACUGUACCGGCUGGCGUGCAAAGUUUGAGAUUCAGAAUCAGAUGCCGGGACGCCUGGUUCCAUCAUUUGUUGGCUCAAAGUUCGUGAUAUGAGACUACCUAUGUUAUUGAACACUGUCUUGAACAGAUAGCCUCCAAGUGUGCUGCUUUCUGCUGAUGAAUGAAGCCGGCGUGUGAACACUUCACUGCAGUCCCAAAAGACAGGUACAUCAGAGUGCGUGUGGG